GCGAAUUAGGUCAUUCCUGAAAGAAGAAAAAAAAAUUGGAAAAAAUCAGUAAAAGCGUAGAUCCAAAGACGACAAGCAAUAGAUCAACAUCAUGUCGAAGUCAACUGUAGCUUAUUUUUAUGAUCAAGAUGUUGGCAAUUUUCACUAUGGUCAAGGGCAUCCAAUGAAACCUUACAGAAUCACAUUAACUCAUGGCUUAGUUCUUCAUUAUGGAUUGUACAAGAAGAUGAAGGUAUACAGACCAUAUAGAGCCACCUUUCAUGAUAUGUGUAGAUUUCAUUCUGAGGAAUAUGUUGAUUUUUUAAGAAGAAUUUCUCCUCAAAAUGUACAAGAAUUCACUAAGUGUUUGAGUAUGUUUAAUGUGGGUGAAGAUUGUCCUGUAUUUGAUGGAAUGUUUGAUUUUUGUUCAAUGUACACAGGGGCAUCUUUAGAGGGAGCUGUUAAACUCAAUAAUGAGCAUUGUGAUAUUGCUGUGAACUGGUCAGGAGGUUUACAUCAUGCUAAAAAAUAUGAGGCAUCAGGGUUUUGUUAUGUCAAUGAUAUUGUGAUAUCUAUAUUAGAGUUGUUAAAAUAUCAUCCCAGAGUUCUGUAUAUAGAUAUUGAUAUUCACCAUGGAGAUGGAGUUCAGGAAGCCUUUUAUUUAACAGAUAGAGUUAUGACUGUCUCUUUUCAUAAAUAUGGAAAUUUCUUCUUUCCUGGCACAGGUGAUAUGUAUGAAUGGGGUUCAGAGAGUGGAAGAUAUUAUUCAGUUAAUGUACCACUCAAGGAAGGCAUAGAUGAUCAAACUUACAUGCAGAUAUUUAAACCUGUCAUUCAAACUGUAGUUGAGUUUUAUCAACCUACGUGUGUUGUUUUACAGUGUGGUGCUGAUUCAUUAGGAAGUGAUAGAUUAGGCUGUUUUAAUUUAAGUAUAAAAGGCCAUGGUGAAUGUGUAAAGUUUGUAAAAGAUUUAGGAUUACCUAUGUUAGUGUUGGGUGGAGGAGGGUAUACCAAGAAAAAUGUAGCUCGAUGCUGGACACAUGAAACAGCUGUUUUAUUAGAUGAACAAAUCAGCAGUGAAUUGCCCUUCUGUGAAUAUUUAGAAUAUUUUGCUCCUGACUUUUCGCUCCAUCCAGAUAUUUCAACAAAACAGGAAAAUCUUAAUACAAAACAGUACCUAGAUAGUAUACGAUUAACUAUACAUGAUACAUUGAAAAAUCUAAUUCAUGCACCAAGCGUCCAGAUACAAGAUGUACCACCAGAUUUAUUAAGUUUAGAAAAUACAGAAGAACCUGAUCCAGAUGUUAGAAAUCACACUGAUGAAGUUGAUAAAAGGGUGGAACCAGCCAAUGAAUUCUAUGAUGGUGACAAAGAUAAUGAUAAAGAAAAUGAUGGAUUUAUAGAAGUCUGAUGAUUCAACUAUCUAUAAAUUUUAAAAUGGCAGCUUUGUAAAUAAUCAUUGUAUAAGCAUCCUCAUUGUCAUCUUAUUUUACCUCAUUAUGUGAACUGUAAUGGAUACAUGUACAGUAAAAAGAUUUUCAUUGUCAUUUAAAUACGCAAAAAAAUCAUAGUUCAUUUUAUUUACCCACAAUUUAACUACAAUCAAUUUUAUAUCAUUAAAUGCAUAUUUCAUACAAAAAAUAAUAUCUCUUGAACAAUAAGUGUAAAUAAAAUAAAAAGUCAUAUGCCCUGAACUCCAAUUAUAUUACUUAAAGCGUGAGACAUUAACUGCCUGUGUGUGACUUGAUAACGGCCGCUCUACUGGCCACUCAGGUAUAUAUUGCGUAAUUAUGUUAGGGCCGCUAAGAUAAACAAGUGAAGGAUACUGCAAUAUAUGUUGCUUUUUUUUGUACCUUUUGCUCCUAAAUGUUAUUCAAAUUGUAAAAUCAGAUAGCAAAUUUCAUAUCAAAUAUGGAGACAAUGUCAAUCAUGUUGUUAUUAUGUUAUUAUUUCACUUAUUAUCCCAUUGUCAAGUCAAUUUUAUAGUAAGACAUGUCUUUGUAAUGUGCUAAACAUGUUUUUCUAUUCUCUGUAUGUAAUUAACAUAUAACUUAAUAAUAAUGAAUCAAAGUGUUUUCUUUAAAAAUAUUCUCAUAUACAAUAUUUACAUUAAUAUACACCUUUCAUAAUAUUAAACAUUCAUAUCAAAACAUUCAUUCUAUAUUUACAUGUGAGCAAAAAAAAGCAAAAUGGUUGAAGGUGAGGCAGUUUCCCUGAAUUUUU